AUGGCGAUACCGGGGUUCUCCUCGAGGAGACCGGGCGGCGCCCCAGACAUAUACACCGACCCUUUUGAACGAUAUAGAGAGACCAGGGCUCCUCAACCAUUUUCUUCACAGCACUUUGCCCCGGGUUCCAUGGCGAGGGAUAUCAGCAACGGACACCAACCGACGGAAGACGAGAGAGCCCCUCCACCACUACCACCCCCUAGGUAUCCUAUGGACGACCACCAGCCUCCAUUGCAUAGCUAUCAGCCUCGAGAAUUUCACUUCAAGGGCAACAGCCUGAGUAGUUACAAUAGCUUGGACAAUAGCCCGAGAGACAGACGGGAAUUCCGAACAACGGAUCGAGACGAGGGCUACCACAGUCUCAUGUCUGUGGAAUAUCAUCAAGAUGCAGGCGCAAAGACCAUGUUCAUGUCUCAUGACCAAUUCAAAUUCAAGCCCGCCAAUGACCUGGACUCAUCUAUGCUCAAGAAGUUUGAUAGUCGGAGGGCCUUGGAUAAUCGAUCACCUCCACGAAGGGCUCCUUUCAGCGCCUCCUUGAAUGAUACUGUGCCACGUCAGACCACUUUGGAUCCGCGCGGGGCCAUGUCAUUACCAAUCCGUCAGCUGGGCGAGGGUCCAGCACACCCGGCCGUCCCAAGACAGAGUGCUUUGACCAUGGGCUUUGCAGGUGCUCGCGAGCUUACCGACAUGGACCGCUCGCCGCCUCAUCGGUCAAGGAGGACUAAUAGCGGAUCCAUAGCGGAUGAUGCUACUAUUUCCACACAAGGCAGCUAUGAGAAUCCCGACGACACUGAUUUUCCUAUGGAGGAUGCGGGAAUGUCCAAUUCACAAAUGGAUUAUCACACUACUGGGCAAAAACGACGGGCAUCUUCGCCAUUGGGUGAGGAAUCCAGCCUGCAAGGACUUCCUGGCGCCGGUGAAUUGCUGCGCCGCCGAGAAGGCGCUUCCAGAGCUUCGCCAACGCCCAGGCUUACAAUUCCUCAAAAUUCGCUAUCUUCACUCUCGUCUCUUGGCCGUAGCGCCAACUCAUACAUGCCGUCGCUUCCCCUCACAGCUACGAGCACGACGAGCAUGACCGGGUCAUUUGGUCGAAGGUCACCUGGAGGACUCUCGCCAGGAGCAAUGUCCCCAGUCGAUGGCAUUUGCAAUUCACCUUUCAACACACCGAUUUCACUGACCCACUCACCUCGGAGCGCCAUAUCACGCAUCCCCCAUCAGCGCCAGCUUAGCGAAAGCCGGCCAUUGUCCUCACCGCGGAAGCUGACUGAGCUGCCAAAGGCCAGCAUCCCCCGCAUUCAAGGCUUCUAUAUGUGCGAAUGCUGCCCAAAGAAACCAAAGAAGUUUGAGACAGCCGAAGAGCUAAGUGCUCACGCGGCCGAAAAGCAAUAUGAAUGCUCAUUCUGUGGCAACCGCUUCAAAAAUAAGAAUGAGGCCGAACGCCACCAAAAUAGCUUGCACGUUCGGCGGCACAGCUGGUCAUGCUCAGCGCUCCAUCUCGCGGGUUAUGACAAAGCAUUCCACGAGAGCACAAACCGCCCCGGCGAAGCUGACGCAUGUGGCUAUUGCGGCGAAGAAUUUCUCCGGAGUGGUGGUGCUGGUCGUGCACGUCUUCCAACAGAGCAGGACUGGGACGACCGGCUUCGCCAUCUCCAAGAGGUCCACAAGUUCAGAGAAUGCAACUCGAGCAAGAAAUUCUUCCGCGCCGACCAUUUCAGGCAACAUCUCAAACACAGCCAUGCAGGUACAAGCGGUAAAUGGACAAAUAUGCUCGAAACUGCGUGUAUGAUUGAGGAGGAGCCUCCUCAACCACGCUGA